AUGGGUUCAAGAAAGGGUAGCUUUGGGGUCAACUAUGAUUACUCUUUUAAGGCUCUGUUGAUUGGGGAUUCUGCUGUAGGAAAGAGCAGUCUUUUGCUCAGUUUCAUCUCCAACUGCCAUCAGUUUCCUCAUGAGCUCUCUCCUACUAUUGAUGGGGGAGCUUGUGGCUUGGGAUAUGAUAUAGAAAAUGAUCCCUAUUAUGGUUUCAUUUCUGCUGGAAAUAACAACUUAUUUAAAUCCGGAGCUGGCUGCGGAGCUUGUUAUGAGGUGAAGUGCGUGUAUAACAAUGCUUGUUCAAAAAAGGCAAUUAGAGUAACAAUUACAGACGAGUGUCCCGGUUCAUGCAAUGACGAUGACAUUCACUUCGAUUUAAGUGGAAAAGCUUUUGGGGCUUUGGCAUAUCCUGGCCAAGAAUACAACUUGAGGAAUGCCGGCAGGAUCAGUCUUCAGUAUAGAAGGGUAAAAUGCAACUACAAGUCAAACGUAAAAUUCAAAAUUGUUCCAGGGUCAAAUCCUUACUAUCUAGCCUUUGUGGUGGAGGCUUUGAAUGGAUAUGGUGAUAUUGCUAGUGUUGAACUGCAACCUUCAAACUCAAAUUGGGUGUCAAUGCAAAGAUCUUUCGGAGCCACAUGGAAAGCUGAUUUGAAAUAUGCACAAAAAGGUCCUUUUUCUGUAAGAAUCACUGGACCUGAAAGCAGAGCAUCGAUUACCGCAUACAACGUCAUCCCUUACGAUUGGAAAAUUGGACAAUUCUAUUACUCCAAUGUUAAUUUUUGAUCAUACCACUAUUAUAUAUUCAAAAUAAGUACUUAUUUACAUUGCCU